UUGUUCAUCUUCCACAUCUUCUCUUCAUCCCAUAUAUACUUUUUCUUUAAAUAUUAAUCCCCAAAAACAAGAAAAGAAAAUGUCGAGCAGAAGAUCAAGAUCAAGACAGUCAACAUCUUCAAGAAUCAGUGAUGAUCAAAUCAACGAUCUUGUUUCCAAGUUACAACAGCUUCUUCCCGAAAUCCGUAAUCGUUGUUCUGAUAAGGUGUCAGCGUCAAAGGUGCUACAAGAGACAUGCAACUACAUUAGAAGCUUGCAUCAAGAGGUUGACGAUUUAAGUGAGCGAUUGUCCGAGUUGCUCGAGAACACCGAUUCGACUCAGGCUUCAAUUAUUAGGAGUUUACUUACCCAAUAAUUAAACAAUCUUCUUCUACACAAAUUUUCCAUUUUUCUCCCUCUUCUUUUUUCACAAUGUGACAAUGCACCAUCGUUCUCGUUGUAAUUUCUAGGGUUCUUUUUGUCAUUUUACAUGAGGAAAUGAGUAUUAAUUAAUAUAAUAACAAUUUGGAAAAAUGGACUUGCUUCAUUUGC